GGCGGCGCUGUGAGGGCGCGCGUGUUGCGCGGUGCGUGCAGCUGCAGCCGCCGCCUGAGGAGGAGCCGCGGCCUAAGGGGCCGCCCGGGCUUGUGACAUGGCCACAGAUGUAGCUGAGCCUGUGGUCCCUGACUGUAGAGGAGACAUAAGGAGUGGUGCCAGGUCAGAUGCUGACUACCCCCUUCGGGUCCUCUACUGCGGAGUCUGUUCAUUGCCAACAGAGUACUGCGAAUACAUGCCUGAUGUGACUAAAUGCAGACAGUGGUUAGAGAAGAACUUUCCAGAUGAGUUUGCAAAACUUACAGUAGAAAAUUCACCGAAACAGGAAGCUGGGGUUGGAGAAGGCCAAGGAACUGCAGGAGAAGAAGAAGAGAAGAAGAAGCAAAAGAGAGGUGGAAGAGGUCAGAUAAAACAGAAAAAGAAGACCGUACCACAAAAAGUCACAAUAGCUAAAAUCCCUAGAGCAAAGAAAAAAUAUGUCACAAGAGUCUGUGGCCUUGCAACGUUUGAAAUCGAUCUUAAGGAAGCACAAAGGUUUUUUGCUCAGAAAUUUUCCUGCGGUGCCUCAGUAACAGGAGAAGAUGAAAUCAUCAUCCAGGGCGAUUUCACAGAUGACAUUAUCGAUGUAAUCCAGGAGAAGUGGCCUGAGGUGGAUGAUGAUAGCAUUGAAGAUCUUGGAGAAGUCAAGAAGUGAUGGUUGAAGACUACCUUUAUUUAAUUACAUGGUUAUAAAUGGCAUAGCCAAAGUGAGGCUUCUAAACCCAUGGAUUCUGCAGUGAUGCUGUGGAGAGCCCACAUCCUUGGCAAUUUCACUGUUCUGUAUAGGCUGCUUGGAUUUUUUUUGUUGUGAUGUUUGCUGAAGUAAAAUUGGGGUCUAUCAUGCCUACGCAUGAAGAUUUAAAUAAAAUUCCUCUUCUUCACUGAA